GUUUGACUUCUUGGAUCUCUUUCCACGAGACCAUCUACUGUUCUUAUUUUCUUUUCCAUAUAUCGCGGCCAUAUGAUGAAACUGCAACAGUGACAUCUGUCGUCUUCAUUCUCCGUCUAUUGGGUUGCCCAUAGGAGGCUCAAGGCUUAUCUACCUUAUGCAAAGCUUCAAAGCUCUCUUCCAAGCUCCACUCUAAGGACACGGCAUCUAGAGACUGCAAGAUGAAGGCUCCUGAUCUCAUCCUCUACCUUCUAAUCCCGACCCUCAUUCUUAUCCACCUCCUGGUAGCCCCUUACACCAAGGUCGAGGAGAGCUUCAAUAUCCAAGCAACCCACGACAUAAUACACCAUCAACCUUUCUCCGGUAUCCAGAACUUUGAUCAUGUCUCCUUUCCCGGCGCUGUUCCGCGAACAUUCGUCGGGGCGCUCCUCCUUGCCGCUCUAUCUAAACCAAUACUGUUACUCACAGGUUCUGAGGACAGUAUUCAACAUGCCCAAGUCAUAGUCCGAGCGGUUCUAGGCCUGCUGAAUGCUGCUGCUUUGUUGAGAUAUAAGACUGGCUUAGACAAGGCAUUUGGGAAGAACGUUGGGAGAUGGUAUAUCUUGUUACAAGCCAGCCAGUUUCAUGUGAUAUAUUAUGCAUCCAGGACGCUGCCGAAUAUGUUUGCUUUUGCACUGACUACACUCGCACUCCGCGAAUUCCUUCCCAUCACAGGCGAGAGGAGGCAAAGUAAUCUGGGGAUUUUCCUCUUGGUCCUUGCAGGUGUUAUUUUCCGCUCGGAAAUUGCGCUUUUAUUAUUCACGCAAUUGGCUUUUCUUCUAGUCCAGUCCCGGGUCUCACUACAAAGCAUCAUUCCUACGGGUCUGAUAAGCGCUCUCGUCGCCCUCGCCAUAUCGAUACCCGUGGACUCCUACUUCUGGCAACGACCCAUCUGGCCCGAGCUUGCGGGCUUCUACUACAAUGCCAUUCAAGGAAAGUCUGCGGACUGGGGAACCUCUCCCUAUAUCUACUAUUUCAGCUCUCUCCUCCCACGCCUUCUUCUCAACCCACUUAUCCUUAUUGCCCUCAUCCCCCUCUCCUUGAUAAUUCCCGCAACGAGAUUCCAAUCACGAGACUUGGUGGUCCCAUCCGUCCUCUUCAUCGCUAUCUAUAGUCUUCAGCCACAUAAAGAAUCACGCUUCAUCAUAUACGUUGUACCAGCUCUCACGGCCGCUGCCUCGCUCUCCGCAUCCUAUAUCUGGACGCGGCGCUCAAAGUCCAUAUUGUACAGUUUCGGCGCUCUCUUUCUUGCUGCUUCAAUAACAAGCAGCUUUGCAGGAAGUACAGCCAUGCUCCUAAUCUCCUCCCUCAAUUACCCCGGCGGCGAAGCUUUAUCUCGUCUACACAACUUCCUGGCUCAGGACCCCUCAUCCAUCCCGACAAUCAACGGCACAGGCCUUGUGAAAAUUCACAUGGAUGUACUCUCGUGCAUGACCGGCAUUACGCGAUUCCAGCAAUACUCAUCCUUCGGGCUCAAUAGCGAGGAUUCCUUGGCGCUAGGUCGCGGACAGCUCCCUGAGAUUUCCGGAAUACGCACGCAUCUUGUUUAUGACAAGACCGAGGAGGGUGAUGAGCUAUUAGAUCCGCAAUGGUGGAGCAACUUUGAUUUUGCGCUGAUGGAGGAACCCGGGAAAGCGAUUGGGGCUUGGGAGGUCAUCAGUACGGUAUAUGCAUACGCCGGGAUAGAGGUUUUGAGACCCGGACAGAGAGGUGUUGGUGAGAUCUUGGAGACGACUUACGAGGCUAAUAACCUUACCAAGGAGACGCCGGAUAGUGCGGAAGUACGCAGUAGAGUUGAGGAGCUGAAGGGCUCCAACCUGUUGACGCAGGAGAUUCGAUCUUUAAACGUACUUAAAAACAAGUUCUUGAAGGGCGAACUAAGUAGGUACGAGAUCUACCUGCUACUUAAGGGUGAGGUGCGAUUAUUUACGGGUGGUUGGUGGGUUGGCCCGAGAAUGGUGCCGAGGAUUAGCAUCUUGAGAAGGAUUAAAGAUUCCCUCCCAUAGGGACUCUAUAGCCAGCCUACUCAAAGUAUCUGCUCUACCUCAAUUAUCAGUAACACAUAAACCAACUCUCCC